UUGCACCUGAUGCAACACAGAAGAGACCAAGUCCCCUAAAAAACAGUUACACUUACACAGUACCCUUAUCAAACUUACCCAUCUCUAUAUCUUCAACUUCUACAUGCAGUUGAAUAAUGCAAAAAUGGCCAUUCUUCUUACCAUGCUUGUAAUUUUUAUUCUACUAUUUUUGUCCUGUGAUAGUACCACUCUCACCAUCACCCAGUUUCAGCCACUUUCUGAUGGAACCACCUUGGUUUCCAAAGAUGGAACCUUUGAGGUUGGUUUCUUCAGCCCAGGUAGUUCCACAAACCGCUACCUAGGAAUCUGGUUCAAAAACAUCCCUAUAAAAACCGUCGUUUGGGUAGCCAACCACGACAACCCAAUCAACACCACCACCACUCCCACCAAGUUAACCAUAACCAAAGAAGGAAACCUUGCACUUCUCAACAAGAACAACAGCGUUAUUUGGUCAGCAAACACAACAACAGCAAAAGCGACCAACGUUGUAGCACAGCUCUUGGACACAGGAAACUUGGUCCUACAAGAUGAAAAAGAAAUAAAUUCUCAGAACUACUUGUGGCAGAGCUUUGACCAUCCCUCAGAUACAAUUUUACCAGGAAUGAAGAUAGGUUGGAAAGUAACAACAAAGGGUCUUCAUCUUAAUCGCUACAUCACUGCAUGGAACAAUUGGGAAGACCCAUCUUCUGCUAACUUCACUUAUAGCGUGUCAAGAAGCAACAUUCCUGAAUUACAACAAUGGAAUGGCUCAACGAUGUUAUAUAGAAGUGGCCCUUGGAAUGGUAUUCGAUUCAGCGCUACACCCUCGUUGAAACACCAUCCAUUGUUCACUUACAAUUUCGUGUACGACACGGAAGAGUGUUAUUUCCAAUUCUACCCCCGGAAUAGCUCGUUGAUUUCCAGAAUUGUUCUCAACCGAACCCUUUAUGCUCUUCAGCGCUUCAUUUGGGUUGAGGAAAGUAACAAAUGGGAGUUGAGUUUAACUGUUCCGAGGGAUGGUUGUGAUGGGUAUAACCAUUGUGGCUCAUUUGGGUACUGUGGCAGUGCCACUGUGUCUUCUAUGUGUGAGUGUUUGCGUGGGUUUGAGCCAAAAUCGCCGCAAAACUGGGGUGCGAAGAAUUGGAGUGAAGGGUGUGUGCCUAAUAGUAAAAGUUGGAGGUGUAAGGAGAAAAACAAAGACGGUUUCGUCAAGUUUAGUAACAUGAAGGUUCCAGACACUAACACGUCUUGGAUUAAUAGAAGCAUGACACUUGAGGAAUGCAAGGAAAAGUGUUGGGAAAAUUGUUCGUGUACGGCUUAUGGUAGCUCCGACAUCCUUGGAAAGGGAAAUGGUUGUAUCCUUUGGUUUGGUGAUCUAUUGGACUUGAGACUGCUUCCCGAUGCAGGGCAAGAUCUGUAUGUUAGAGUGCAUAUCACCGAAAUUAUGGGUGGUUCAAGGAAAGUGGCCAUUGUGGUCCCAUGUAUUGUUUCAUCUGUUAUUGCGAUGAUUGUAAUUUUCUCAUUUGUUUACUGGAGAACUAAAACAAAAUUCGGAGGCAAAGUGAAAAUAAAUGAGAGCAAAGAAGAAGAAAUAGAACUACCUUUGUUUGACUUUGAUACAAUAGCGUGUGCCACUAAUCACUUUUCAAGUGACAACAAGGUUAGCCAAGGUGGUUUUGGUCCUGUAUAUAAAGGCACACUACUAGAUGGACAGGAAAUUGCUGUCAAAAGGCUCUCACACACAUCAGCACAAGGUUUAACAGAAUUUAAGAAUGAAGUUAAUUUUUGUUCUAAACUUCAACAUCGAAAUCUUGUUAAAGUUCUUGGUUGUUGCAUCGAUGAGCAAGAGAAAUUACUCAUCUAUGAAUACAUGUCCAACAAAAGUCUAGACUUCUUUCUUUUUGAUUCUUCUCAAAGCAAACUCUUAGAUUGGCCCAUGCGAUUUAGCAUUAUAAAUGGAAUUGCUCGAGGACUUCUUUAUCUUCACCAAGAUUCUAGAUUAAGGAUCAUACACAGAGAUUUGAAAGCAAGUAAUAUUUUGCUUGAUAAUGACAUGAAUCCAAAAAUUUCGGAUUUUGGAUUAGCCCGAAUGUGUAGAGGUGAACAAAUUGAAGGGAACACAAGAAGAAUUGUUGGUACAUAUGGUUAUAUGGCACCAGAAUAUGCAAUUGAUGGAGUAUUCUCCAUCAAAUCCGAUGUUUAUAGCUUCGGUGUUUUACUACUGGAGGUUUUAAGCGGAAAGAAAAACAAAGGAUUUUCCUACUCAAACAACAGUUAUAAUCUUAUUGCACAUGCAUGGAGGUUGUGGAAAGAGUGCAUCCCAAUGGAAUUUAUUGAUACUUGUUUGGGGGACUCAUACACUCAAUCUGAAGCCUUACAGUGCAUUCAUAUUGGUCUUUCAUGCGUGCAACAUCAACCUGAUGAUAGACCAAAUAUGAGAUCUAUAAUUGCAAUGUUAACAAGUGAAAGUGUGUUGCCACAACCAAAAGAACCUAUUUUCUUAACAGAAAAUGUUUCAGCUGAGGAUGAUCUUGGACAAAUGGUGAACUACUCAACCAAUGAAGUAACUAUGUCCGGGAUGGAACCAAGAUAAGGAAAUUGUUUUAUGGAAUAAUAGAUGCUGAGUAUACAUAGAUGAUGUCUCUCUAGGGUGUUAUGUCUGUGUAACGAUUUAGAGGAUGAGGAUACUGAGGAGAAUGUACCACAGGACUCUUAUAUGAAGAUCCGGAGGAAGAUCCUGAAGAGGAUCCUUUCGAGGAUUCACCUUAGGAUGACCAUUAUGUUUAGGGUGUACAGCCUAAGAGAUUAAACUGAACAUGGGUGGCUGCUCUGAGCCCUAGUUUUUUCUUUUAAUUUAUUUUGUUACAUGUAGUCUAGGGUUCAUGUUUUAUAUCUUUUGUAACCUAUGUAUCUUUUGCUACUAUAUUUUAGUCUUUUUCGGGAUAUAAAUAAUACUAUUUCAUCUCUGUUA